AUGAGUUGCGACCCGUUUACCCCUCCUGAGGCCCAGUGCAUCGUCGGAACAUACGUUCAAUACGCUGUCAACGCCUCUUCAGCCGAGGACUUCAAGUCCACCCUGGCUUUCGCACAAAAGAACAACAUCCGCCUCGUUAUCCGUAAUACAGGUCAUGACUAUCUUGGCAAAUCAACUGGAGCUGGUGCACUAGCUAUCUGGACGCAUCACUUAAAAGACAUUGCCGUUCAUGACUAUGUUUCUGACGCCUAUACUGGGAAAGCAAUGACGGUUGGCGCCGGAGUGCAAGUGCGGGAGGCCCUUGUCGCAGCAGAUGCAUUAGGCCUCGUCAUUGUUGGUGGUGACUCGUCCAGUGUUGGCCUCGCUGGUGGAUACUCGCAAGGUGGAGGUCAUGGGCCACUCGCAUCGACCUUUGGACUCGGAGCUGACCAAGUCCUUGAGUGGCAAGUCAUCACAGCCUCGGGACAGCAAUUGACUGCCAGUGCGACUACCAACGAAGAUUUGUAUUGGGCUCUCUCCGGAGGUGGCGGUGGCACUUAUGGCGCCGUGCUAUCCGCUACGGUCAAGGCACAUCCUAGCGUUCAAGUCUCGGUUGCCAAUCUCACAUUCUCGAACACCGACGCAACAUCUGAUGCCUAUUACGACACCUUGUCAGUGUUCCUAGGAAGCCUGCCCAACAUCACUGACAGCGGUGCUGUAUGCAUUUGGCUGCUCACCAGUGACGUGUUUGUGAUUCAGUCCUUGACAGCUCCGGGCUUGACUGCUCAAGAACUGCAAUCGCUGUUGCAGCCAACACUAGACAAACUCGAGCAAGAAGGAAUACCCUAUCAGUAUGCUGCAAAUGACUUCCCCACCUUUCUCGAAGGAUAUCAUUCUAUGAGUGCAGAGCCUCCGGCAACUGGCGGAAAUAUUGGUGGUCGCCUUGUGCCGCGAUCAUUACUAUCGUCAGAUAGCAGCAUAGCGUCCUUGACGGACGCGCUGCAAUUGAUCGUGACCAACGGUGCUGUCAUAUCUGGACUUUCUGUCAAUGUAAACCAAGCACCUUCGAUACCGAACUCGGUAAAUCCGGCGUGGCGCACUGCAGCUUUCAGUGCUGUAGUCGGAAGUUUCUGGAACGAAACGGAUUUUGAACAGAACUUAAAAGACCAACAACUCAUAAGAAACGUCUUACUGCCCAAGCUGGCUGACCUGGAUCCAAAUGGCGGCGCAUAUCUGAACGAAGCUGAUUUCGGUCAGCCAAACUGGCAGCGCGUCUUUUACGGUAACAACUAUGAUCGUCUGCUAGCUAUUAAGAAAAAGUACGAUCCUUCUGGGGUGUUCUACGGUCUAACGGCGGUUGGCAGCGAGGCAUGGCAAUCGCAGCCGGAUGGCCGACUGUGCAGAGUCUAA